CGUGUGUUUGUGUGAUUUCACCCAUUGCUGAAGCCCUUGGUAACCUGCGGAGGGCAGACACUUCGCGUGGUGGUCAAGAAACCUGGAGUAGAUACGUGUUUCUAGCCUUGCUGACGUGGGCACAAUGGCGUCAACAAAUCAGCAAGGCGGCAGCGGGAGCGGAGGAGGAGGUGACCAACCUCGACGUGGCCCUCCUACUUGCUACAGUUGUAAGCAGCCGGGCCAUUAUGCUCGGGAUUACUGGCUGCAUUGGAAGGACAAGUGCGAGUCAUUGGAAGCAAAAACGGGGACGGACUCGCGUCCACGGCAGCGAGGUCGCUCUACCUCUCCUGUGAACCGGCGAUGGGAGCCUGCUAAGAGAUCUCCUUCAGCGGACAGUGUACCAGGGUCGGAUAGUGUUAAAGACUUAGUGACCCUUUUGGUAGCGAAGGAGGAAGCAAAGGCUCACAAAAAGCAAGAGAAGGAAGAAAGGGAGAGGCAAGAGCAAGAGAGGCUCGAGAUGGAGAGCAAGAAGAAGCGCAGAAAAGAGAGACGCAAGAGAGAACAAGACGAGAAUAAUCAGCGCUUGACAAAGAUAAUCGAUAUCCAAUUUUCGAAGAGAUAUGGCGAGAAGUUGCAAAGGACCGAGGGAGUGGUGGAAUCACCGGAGAGCAACAAUUAUCGAAGUCGCAGAAGGAGGGAGCAGAGAAGGGCGAGGAAAGCUCGGCAAUGUCGAGACAAAUAUUACCUUUCAUCUAAAGAUGAGCUGUCGGAGAUUAGCCACCGGACUGGACGUUUGACCAUCGCAGAUAAGCGGAAACGGGGGACUACUAUCGAGGAGGAGGAAUCACUUUCUAGUCCGGGCAAUAUACUGCUCACGGACAAUAGAACGCAAAGAGGGAGACCGCCAUUAUCAGCGAAGAAGAUGAAGACGGGCCUGAAACCGAUCACGAUGAAGAGUUUGCGGGAAAAAAACGAUCCUGCAAAAAAAGGAGUCAUGGCGGGCUCAGGUCCGGGAGCCAGAGAAAGGUUCAUGGAAGAUACGAUCAAGUAUCUUGAGGGCCUAGAUUACCGUGAAAUUCGAAAGCUAAGUAAAAGCGCAGGCGUAACAUACGUACGGAAAGGGAAGGGAGUGGCCGCCCUGGCCGAACAUCGGGCAAGGGAUGCUUUCGUUUUUGGGAAGGAGAAGGUAGGUCUGCAUGCGUACAAGCCGCAAUCGAGGGAGAAAGAGGAGGUGGUAUCAACAUCGACCUCAGAGUGCAGUUAGUCGGACGAAGUCGGGACUUCGUAAGAAUCCGAGACGGAAAACUUGGACU